ACAAGGUCGAGGUCAUGUCAGAAAUUUAGAAGAAAAAAGUUACCAGGACAAAUAUUUGAUUCACGGAUUUAUUUCGGGAAUAUACUAAACCAAAUAUUUAAAACAAUGUAGAAGAAUCUACUGGCUUCAUUGUGGAAUAUGAAUAAUAGUAAAAGGAAUACCAAUAUUGAUAGAAAAGUAAAAAAAUAAAGUUGAUUUUUUCAAAAACAAAACUCUGAAAACAUCACAUGAUCUGUGUAUAAUCUGAUCUAGAUCUAGGCUAAUUAUUUCUUUUUGUGGGGGAGAUAUCAAAACGAUUAGCAUGUGGAAGCUAGUUGUAAUUCUGAUCAUAGCCGCUUCCACUAUGGUGGGAGGCGACAUAUUUGACGAUGCGGGUGAACUAGGCAUUGAUGAAGCAUAUCUAACAGUGAAUGUUACAAACAGUAAAGAUGACUUCAGGGUUCAUUGGCAGUCAGAUGUUUGUGAUAAGUGUUCUUUACUUCAUCUGAUGAAUGUUACGAUGAAGAAGAACCGCACAAAGAUUAUCAGCACACAAUUUCCUGUUACGCUACAAGUUGACGCAAUUAGUAAAGCAAAUAACAAAAUCUUGGCUUGCAACCUACAUGUGACGUUAGAUGAAGGGGGAAAAUAUACACUCUUUGUAUAUAACACCGAUGACACAGAAACUAACUUUACUUGUAAUUUUAUGACUGAUGGGGAUCCGCCACCUGAUAAUAGAAUACCAAUAUUCAUUGCUCUUGGCAUCCUCACUGGAAUGGCCCUGAUCUGGAUUCUACUCAAGUAUAUAUACAAUCACCAACAAAUCAGGAAAUACUUAGUGUGCUUUGAGACGGAGCACCUAAUAAACUCAGAUUUAGGGGAGCCCACCAGUGGUACAGUGAAUACAGAUGGAAAUUCCAAUAAGCAAAUCGCAUCACCACCUGCCAGACAGAGGCUACGAUCUUUAGAUGCUUUCAGGGGCUUAAGUUUAGUCCUCAUGAUAUUCGUCAACUAUAGAGGAGGCUAUUACUGGUAUUUCCGCCAUUCUCGUUGGAAUGGUCUCACCUUAGCUGACCUUGUGUUUCCAUGGUUUGUCUUCAUAAUGGGGUCUUCAAUGGCACUUUCGUUCAGGAGUCUCAAACGUCAUGCAGUUCCACGCAGGAAAAUAUUCCUAAAAGUUUUACGACGAACAAUCACUUUAUUUAUCAUAGGCGUGAUACUGAAUACAAGUAAACGUAGUGUCACCUCUCUUGGUUUAUUAAGGUUUACAUUUAUAAUCGGGACGUCAAUCGCUCUGUCAUUCCGGAGCCUGUUACGUCGAUCCACAUCACGCUACCAGCUAGCUGUCAAGGUCACAAAACGGACGCUUAUCCUGUUUGCGAUUGGUCUCUUUCUGAAUACUGGGGAUGAUGGGUCUCAGGAUAUGACAACUAUAAGGAUACCUGGGGUACUACAGCGUCUUGCAUUCUCAUAUUUUGGAGUUGCAAUAUUGGAAUGUUUCUUUGCCCAGGCUUCUGACCCACAUGAGUAUAUAUGGUGGGCCCCUGUACGUGAUGUACUAGAUUACUGGGCUGAAUGGCUUAUAAUGAUAGCAGUACUCGCAGUACAGCUUUGCCUCACAUUCCUGCUGCCACUAGAGGGUGACUGUCCAAAGGGCUACCUAGGACCAGGGGGACUACACGAAAAUAGUAGUUAUGUUAACUGCACAGGGGGCGCUGCAAGUCUCAUAGAUAGAUGGUUCUUUGGGGCCAACCAUAUAUAUCAGCACCCAACUUGUAAGGAGGUGUAUCAUACUCAUGUGGCCCACGACCCAGAGGGGAUCCUUGGUACAUUGACAUCAAUAUUCAUGUGUUUCUUGGGCCUUCAGAUGGGCAAGAUUCUGUUGACUUACUCCCAUUGGAAAGACAGGGUAGUGAGAUGGCUUAUAUGGUCAGUGCUUUGUGGUGCCAUAGCAGGGGGGCUUUGCGGAUUCACCCAGAAUAAUGGAGUUCUACCUGUCAACAAAAACCUCUGGUCUCUGUCCUUUGUCCUUGCAUUGGCGAGUAUGGCAUUUUUCCUUUUCACCUGCAUGUAUAUGCUCUGUGAUGUCCUACAAUGGUGGAGUGGAGCUCCUGUAUUUUACCCUGGUAUGAAUUCAAUCCUCGUCUACAUAUGUCAUGAAGUGUUCCAAUCAUUCUUUCCUGUUAGUUGGAAGGUUCCAAAUACUCACGCCUCACAGCUCGCGAUGAAUAUGUGGGGUGCUGCAUUCUGGGUAAUCGUUUCCGCUUAUCUUUACUACAAGAAAAUAUUCAUCGUCAUCUAGGGGGACGCCAUCAGUCAGAACAAGAAAAUAAAGAAACAAUGAUCAGAGAGGAUUCUGAUAGAGGAUAAUGUGAAGGAGGAAUAUAAUGACAGAGGAGUUCUGCAAUUGAGGGCUUGAAAUAAAUGAGAAAGGAUGGAGGAGGAUUAUCAUAACAACAUGAUAUAUAUGAAUAGGCAGUGUUUUUGUAAUCAGCAAAUGAUUCAUACAAUAAUAUAGGCUUAUAUGAUAAUAUAGCACUAUGAUAUCUAUUAUCUACCUCUGGGAUCGCUAACUACAAUUUUUACUUAAUUUUAUUAUAUCAUUAGGGGAAAUUAUUUCCUUGCAGUUUGACAAGUUCCAGAAUGUGGAAUAUUA